AUGGAUACUGUCAAACAUCAGAAAAAGAAUACUUCAGCACUCAAAAAAUCUAAGUCUGUGAAGAACAGCAAUCAUUACACAAAUGUACGCGGUCUGCCUUCUAUCGAGAAGAUUGUGAGCUCAGUGGAGGACACCCCCAGGCCCAUCACCACCCAGAUCAUUGGUACAAUCCCAGAAUGGAUCAAAGGAAACUUCCUGAGAAAUGGGCCCGGAAAGUUUGAGAUCGGAAACCACAAAUUUAACCACUGGGUUGAUGGCAUGGCUCUCCUGCACCAGUUCAAAAUAUCAAAUGGGCAAGUGACUUACAAAAGCCGCUUCCUGUCCAGCGACAGCUACCAGACCAACAAGGAGCACAAUCGCAUUGCGAUAUCUGAGUUUGGGACUGUAACCAUGCCGGACCCCUGUAAAAAUGUCUUCCAGCGCUUCCUGUCAAGAUUUGAAUCACACAAGCCCACAGACAAUGCCAACAUGAGUUUUGUGACCUACAAAGGUGACUAUUAUGUCAGUACAGAAACCAACAUCAUGCACAAGGUGGACCCUGAGACACUGGAGACGACUGAAAAGGUGGACUGGAGCAAAUUCAUUGCUGUGAAUGGAGCCACAGCACACCCUCAUACUGAGCCUGAUGGUACGACAUACAACAUGGGAAAUUCCUACACCUCGAAAGGAUCAUACUACAACAUUAUCCAAGUGCCACCAACCAAGAAAACAGAAGAUGAAACCCUGGAGGGAGCCACAGUGCUGUGCUCGAUUCCUUCAGUGGACAAGACCAAACCUUCAUACUAUCACAGCUUUGCGAUGUCUGAGAACUACGUGGUGUUCAUUGAACAGCCCAUCAAGCUGGACCUGCUGAAGAUUAUGACAGGCAAGCUACGAAGAAAAAGUAUCAGUGAUGGCUUAUUCUGGGACCCGAAACGCAAAACAAUCUUCCAUUUGAUCCACAAACACACUGGGAAGGUAAGCUCCAUCGAGUAUCUUGCAAAGCCACUAUCAACCUUCCAUCAGAUCAAUGCAUUUGAGGAGGAUGGAUUCUUGAUCAUAGACUUGUGUGCAUCAGAUGAUGGCCAGGCAAUCACAAACUACAACAUCCAGAACAUGCGCAAGUCUGGAGAAGCUCUUGAUGAGGUGUACAACACCUUGAGUAGAGCCUUCCCCCGGCGAUUUGUGCUGCCUCUCAAUGUGGGCCCUGACACACCCUACAACCAGAACCUGAUUACCCGGCCGAACAGCAUAGCUACUUCUGUAAGAAUUGCAAAGAACAAGGUGUUCUGUACCCAUGAGGACCUCCAUGGGGAGGAUCUCCAUGAAUACGGAGGUCUGGAGUUUCCUCAGAUCAACUAUCACAAAUUCAACACCCAUCCCUACCGCUACUUCUAUGGCUGUGGAUUUAGACACCUUGUAGGGGACACGCUGAUUAAGAUGGAUCUCCACGGAAAACGCAUGAAGGUGUGGGAACAUCCUGGUCAGUAUCCAUCUGAGCCGGUCUUUGUUCCCUCUCCUAAUGCUACAGAGGAGGAUGAUGGUGUCAUCAUGUCUGUGGUCAUCACUCCAGACGAGGACAAGAGUACAUUCCUUCUGGUGUUAGAUGCCAAGACAUUCGAGGAGCUGGGCAGGGCGGUGGUACCUGUCAACAUCCCCUAUGGCUUCCACGGGACAUUCAGUGCCACGGCUUAG